CAUUGAAACGGAUAUCCGGUCGGCUUUUAGAUGUAAAGAGAACGAUCCUGAUAUAAUAAAUGACAUCAUUCAACGAUAAACAUUAAAUUUAAAUUUUUUAUUUCAAAUAUUUAAGAACGAACUAGCAAGAAAGAUAAAACGAAUUUAAGAAAAUUGUAAUAAACAUCUGAAAAUCAUUAUAAAAUGUGCAACUCCGAACCAGAAAAUAUUGUUACUAUACGGCUUAAUCGAGGCAAUCAAGGCCUUGGAUUCAAUAUAAGAGGAGGAUCAGAUACUCCGCAUGUUAAUGGCGACACCGGUAUUUUUGUAACCAAGAUCAGAGAAAGCGGAGCCGCAUGGGAGGAUGGUCGACUAAAAGAGGGUGAUAAAAUUGUAGAAAUAAAUGGGAAAAGUUUAAGGAAUUUAACACACGGCCAAGCAGUUAAUAUAUUUAUAAACGCAGGCGAAGUAGUUGAAAUGAAAGUAGUGCAGGGUGCUGAAGCAAAAAUUAUUGAAGAAUAUCAAAAAGGACGAAGAGGGGAAAAUGGUGGAAGCGGCAUUUUACUUCCAGCUCUAAUAGGAGUAGGAGUUGCUGUUAUUUUAGCAACUGCUACUUUUGUUUUUCUGAAGAAAAAAAAGUCAUAA